AUGUCUCCCGGUGUCAACGAUGAAGGCUUUGAUGUCGACAUGAAUGGACAUGACGUGCAUGGCAACAAUGGAACCGUCGAAGAUGUCGUUAUUGUCGGCGCUGGCCCUGCAGGAUUGAUGAUGGGAUCCAACCUGGCUCGUUACGGCAUCAAGGCGAAAAUCGUGGAUGAUCGAGAUGACAAGACUUCUACCGGAAGGGCAGAUGGCCUUCAACCGAAGACGAUAGAGACUUUUCGUCAAUUGAGACUGGCAGACUCCCUCCUCCAGAAAGGCGUCAAGAUCUACGACAUAUGCUUCUGGAGUUCAACGGCCACCGAGUCUCUGCACCGGACCGGGAGGGAGAUUCACUAUCCUGAACAGGUAGAUGUCAAGGACCCCUUUAUUCUUCUUGUCCAUCAAGGAAUGGUGGAAGACAUUUUCAUCGAAGAUAUGAAGGAGCGAGGCAUCGAAGUUGCACGAAGUUCACCGUUCAUCCGCUACGUGACUGACGAUCUUCCCGGUGCACCUAUUGAUGCCAUCUGUCAUAACAACAAGACCGGAUGCAAUGUCUCGAUCAAGACAAAGUAUUUGAUCGGCUGUGAUGGCGCCCAUUCCAAUGUCCGAAAGAGCAUACCAGGCGCGCAGAUGGUUGGAGAGAGUAGCAAUUCCAAGUGGGGAGUCAUUGACGGUGUGAUCGAAACCGACUUUCCUGACCUCUGGAGCAAGGUUGUCAUCCACUCAGAGACUGCCGGAACCGUCCUGUGCAUUCCUCGUGAGAGAAACAUGACCAGACUGUAUAUCGAACUGGAUCGUUCUUUGGACGACAGUGUGCCGGCGCAAGCCACGCAGGAAUACGUGAUCAAGCAGGCACAGGAGAUCAUGUCUCCAUUUUCCGUGACUUGGACUAGUGUUGAAUGGUUCAGCGUGUACAAGGUCGGGCAACGGGUAGCGAGCACCUUCACCGAUGAGAGAGAACGAGUGUUCAUCACAGGAGAUGCUGGACAUACACAUUCUCCCAAAGCUGCUCAAGGAAUGAACACGUCAAUGCACGACACAUUCAAUCUUUCCUGGAAGCUCAAUCUGGCCAUCCGCGGCCUUUCAACGCCUAGUCUCAUCUCAACCUACCAACACGAGCGGAGGAAGAUUGCGCAAGAUCUGAUCAACUUUGAUUUCGAACACGCCGCUGCCUUUUCCGAAGGUGACUCCAAGGCUCUGGCCGACAACUUUGCCACCAAUGUCGGCUUCAUUUCCGGUGUGGGUGUCUACUACGCCCCGAACGUCCUCAAUCUUCCAGAAAAGGUUCCCAAGGGCGUCAUUCGCGCCGGUGAAUUGAUGCCACCAGCUCCAGUCAGUCGGUACAUCGACGCAAACCCGGUUGACAUCCAGCUCGACAUCCCCAUGCUGGGUCAGUUUCGGGUGUACUUCUUCGUCCCAGACAUUCGUUUGUCUUCGGGAUUCCUCAAUGCGGUCUGCAGCCAUAUAUCGUCGACAAAGUCGAUCAUGGGUCGUGCGACCAUUGCAGCAACGAAAUCCUACGCCAAUAUGACCCCGUGUGUCGUCGAAGCCGACGAUUUCAUCCAGCCGGCUCGCUACACAGCCGCCUCACAACUAUUCACCUUUGCAACAGUGACAGGGAUGGAUAAACCAACCGUGGAGAUCUCGGAUCUGCCGAAUCUGUUGCAAAAGAGCCGGUGGACCUUCUACCUCGACGACUUGAAAGAUGGCAAAACCGGGCUCAGCUGCACGGAUAAAUGGCUGGGCGGUGUUUCCCCACAGGAGAUUGCUAUUGUGAAUGUCAGACCAGACGGAUAUGUGGGAAGUAUAGGAAGAUUCGGCAACAAAGCGGAUGCAGAGGCUUGUUCCUGGCUAGAUUCAUAUUAUGGGGGGUUUCUAAAGGGAUAG